AUGACCUCCGUCGAUGCGCUCCGCGACGGGAGCUUCAGCCUGGGCGAUUUCAGGGACACGAAGACCCUACACCUCCGAGCGGACGCGAGCGGUAACGUGCGAUUGAACCAGUACGUCGUCAUCAAGGACCUGGGUCAGGGCGCGUUCGGCAAGGUGAAGCUCUGCCUGAACACGCAGACCAACCGGCUGUGCGCGCUGAAGUGCAUCAACCGCCGGUCGCUGCGACGCAAGUUCGGCGCGGGUCUGGCGCGCGGGGGCGCCAGCGGCGACGUGGGGCUGCAGCGAGAGAUCGCCAUCAUGAAGAAGCUGGUCCAUCCCAACGUGGUCCGCCUGUACGAGGUCAUCGACGACGCCGUGGGGCAGUACAUGUUCCUGGCGCUCGAGUACGUGCCGGGCGGACCGGUGUACGACCCGGCGCGGUACGGAGGCGAGGGCAUGGGCGAGGAGCUGGCGCGACACUACCUCCGCGAGAUAUGCCGCGGGCUAGACUUCCUCCACGUCAACGGAGUGGUGCACCGGGACCUGAAGCCCGACAAUCUGCUCAAGAAGACGGAUGGCGGGGUGAAGAUCUGCGACUUUGGCGUCUCUGAGCUGUUCGAAUACGACGAAGCGGGCGGGGACGACGGGCGGGGCCGGGUUUCCCUGGACUACGUGACGACCACCGCGGGGACCCCCGCGUUCCAGGCUCCGGAGCUCAUCGAGCUCAACGCACGGGGCGGCGAAAGGUUCGGGAGGAGCUCGAGCGGCAAGGGCGCGAGGGGCAAGCCGAGCGACGUGUGGUCCCUCGGCGUUUGCCUGUACUACAUGGUGUGCGGCAGCGUGCCCUUCAAGGGGGAUACCACGGAUGAAGUGUACCGGAACAUCGUCGGGACCGAACCCGAGAUGCCCGGCGAGAUGAGCGGGGACCUGGUGGACCUCCUGACUCGGGUGCUGAACAAAAACCCGGAUGAGAGGGUGACGCUGAAGGAUAUCAUGUGCCACGCGUGGGUGACCAAGAGAGGUACGCUGCCGGCGGUCGACUCCACGCAGACGGCCACGGCCGAGCCCACGGCUCGUGAGCUCCUGACCUCGAUC